GUCAACUCUUCAGCACCCAGUGCCAGCAUUCAGUCGCUCGCUGCCCGCCCAUCGCUUGUGUUAUUGGGCGCACAGCCGGGCACGAACGGUUCUCAACUGUUGGGAAUAUCGUACAAACAUGUUCAAAGUCAUCUGAAAGUAGCGGAACGCGCUUGUGGCCGGCACAUACCCACUGACUGCAGCGGGAGAAGAGAGAAGUCAGGGCGGGGGCCACACUGAAUUACAUAGGGUCUGCUCACCCGCUGCGGGGGCUUCACUCUGAAUAGAGCGGCCUCGCGGGCUUGCACUUUGGGUUUGAAUUUGAGGCGCUCUCGCUCCAGGCCGCCCUGACUUGCGCUCUCCCUGAUUUCAAGGGACCCGAGCGCAAAGCAACCCUUCUCCCUUUCUACCUAUGUCCCGCAAAGCGAGCGAUAAUGUGGAGUACACCCUGCGGAGCUUGAGCAACCUAAUGGGGGAGAAGAAGAGGAGGAAGCAGGAUGAGGGAGCCGGGGAGAGGAGCCUGAUUGCCCCAGCCGACUCUUGCACCAGCAUUAACAGCCAAGGGAUGCCCGUGGGAGCCGGUCCUACCGCGGCUGGCGGGGACUUGGAGCGGGCGGCCCGCAAGCAGUUCCAACAGGAUGUCACCCCGGCUUUUGUGUACGUGGUGUCCGUGUUCUCGGCCCUAGGAGGCUUUCUGUUCGGCUAUGACACGGGAGUGGUGUCCGGAGCCAUGCUGCUGCUCAAGAAGGAGAUGAACCUGUCGGCUCUAUGGCAGGAGCUGCUGGUCUCCAGCACGGUGGGGGCGGCGGCGCUGUCCGCCUUCGCCGGCGGGGGGCUUAAUGGACUCUUCGGGCGCAGACCGUGCAUCCUGCUGGCCAGCCUGCUCUUCUCGGUGGGAGCUGUCGUGCUUGCCGCUGCCCGGGACAAGGAGACGUUGCUCGGGGGACGCGUGGUGGUGGGACUCGGCAUCGGCAUUGCUUCUAUGACCGUGCCAGUGUAUAUUGCAGAAGCUGCUCCGCCGCAUUUAAGAGGAAGACUGGUUACAAUUAACACAUUAUUCAUAACAGGAGGGCAGUUCUUUGCAGCAGUUGUGGAUGGUGCUUUCAGUUAUCUUCGAAAGGAUGGAUGGAGGUAUAUGCUGGGAUUGUCGGCUGUUCCAGCCAUUUUACAAUUUAUUGGCUUUCUAUUCCUACCAGAAAGUCCACGUUGGCUCAUUCAAAAAGGCCAAACACAAAAAGCUAGACGAGUUUUGUCUCUGAUCCGUGGUAACCAAACCAUAGAUGAAGAAUAUGAUAGUAUCAAAAACAGUAUUGAUGAAGAGGAAAAAGAAAUUGGAGCAGGGGGUCCUGUUAUAUACAGAAUGCUGGUUUAUGCCCCAACCAGACGUGCUCUUCUUCUUGGGUGUGGACUGCAAAUGUUCCAACAACUGGCUGGUAUCAACACUGUCAUGUACUACAGUGCUACUAUAUUCCAAAUGUCUGGAGUCACUGAUGACAGUCUUGCUAUUUGGCUUGCUGCAGUAACGGCAUUUACUAAUUUCUCUUUUACCCUCUUGGGUGUCUGGCUCGUAGAAAAACUUGGCAGAAGGAAGCUUACUCUUGGAAGUUUAACAGGUACAGUAUUGGCCCUUAGUGUCCUGGGUUUGGGAUUUUUCUUAUCUGCUCGGGUCUCUCCACCAGUCACAUUUACACCAAGUGAUCCCUCAACUUCAAAUUCUACUUGCUCAAAGUACAGCUAUUGCAAUGGAUGUAUGUUAGACCCCGAUUGUGGUUUUUGUUACACAAUGAAUGGCUCGAAUCUUGUUGAAUCAUCCUGCAUCCCUGUAGAUUCUGGAACUACUGCAAAAUCGGCCUGGGGCAGUUGCGCAAAUGAAACAUCCAAAUCAAAAGGUUUAUUUUGGGCUUAUAACUAUUGCCCUACCUCUUAUUCCUGGACUGCACUUGUUGGUCUUAUUCUGUAUUUGGUUUUCUUUGCACCAGGAAUGGGACCAAUGCCAUGGACUGUCAAUUCUGAGAUAUACCCACUCUGGGCAAGAAGUACUGGAAAUGCAUGUUCUUCUGGCGUAAACUGGAUUUUUAAUGUACUCAUUUCAUUAACAUUUUUGCAUACAGCAGAAUACCUUACUUACUAUGGCGUCUUCUUCCUGUACGCAGGAUUUGCAUCUGUUGGACUCAUAUUUAUUUAUGGCUGCUUACCAGAGACUAAAGGGAAGAGACUAGAGGAAAUUGAAUCUUUAUUUGAAAACAGGCUAUGUACAUGUGGUGCCUCCGAUUCCGAUGAGGGGAGGUAUAUAGAAUAUAUUCGCGUUAAGGGAAGUAAUUAUCAUCUUUCUGACAAUGAUGCUUCUGAUGUGGAAUAAUUUUCCUCUGCAGAUGCAUGCUAAUCUUUUAAAAGCCUUCUGGGCAGCUACAGGUGACCUCACAGUCCUGCUUCUGGUCUGGUUCUCUGUAUAUUUCAUAGAACUUACUUAAUAUUAAUUAAUUCAGAAGGAUGAUUUCAACAGCUUAACUGCAAAAUAAGUGUAUAAAAAUUAAAACCUAUUUUGUUCUACAAAAUGUGUUUUGGUAUUAGGACAAUCUCCAAAUUGUGCUUUGUAUGAAGCCAUGCAUAUUUUCUUAUACCUCUUUCCAACUUUUUACGGUUUUAAACUGUUUGUAGCUUGCAAGUAAUGCCAGCGUCCCAAUUUAAUUCUGCAAAUAGCCAGUUAUAGUCUUCCUUUAUGAAUGGGUGGAAAUUACUUUAAUAUUUACAAUAAUGUGCAUAUGAUCAAAAUCAUAAAUGGUACAAAAAAAACUUGCACAAUUUCUUUUUAAAUAGUUGUGACAAUUUUUACAUAAACAAUGUAUCCAGGGAAGUUUUCAUUGUGUUAUUUUAUGGUUUACAUUUUGUUAGGAAAAAUAACCUUAACA